AGUACGCCAUGGCUCCCAAGAAAUGCCCAGAAACCCAGAAGUCCCCCGACGUUGCGCUGCUCCUCAAGAGCAAAAGCCGCAGAAGUCCUCAGGAGCUGGAGCCCGAAGCCAAGAAGCUGCGUGCACAGGGUCCCGUUUCUAGCAGGAAAUGUCAGUCGUGCUGCCUUUUGGCAGAGUUGUCUAGCCUGCAGAUCCCUCCACGGAGUAGCAGCAUCAUCAGAGAUCUUUACCAGCAUAAGUUGGGCAAAGCCAACUGGCCAUCACUACAGCAGGGUCUCCAGAAGUCCUUUUUGCACUCUCUGGCUUCUUACCGGGUAUUCCAAAAAGCUGCCCCCUUUGACAGGAGGACUACAUCCUUGGCAUGGCACCCAACUCAUCCCAGUACCGUGGCUGUGGGCUCCAAAGGGGGAGAUAUCAUGAUCUGGAACUUUGGCAUAAAGGACAAACCUAUCUUCAUUAAAGGGAUUGGAGCUGGAGGAAGCAUCACUGGGCUGAAGUUUAGCCAUCUCAAUUCCAAUCAGUUUUUUGCUUCCUCAAUGGAGGGAACAACCAGGCUGCAGGACUUUAAAGGCAACACUCUCCGAGUUUAUACCAGCUCAAACUCUUGCAAGGUCUGGUUUUGCAGCCUUGAUGUUUCUGCCAAGAGCCAAGUGGUGGUCACAGGAGACAAUGUGGGACACGUGAUCCUACUGCACACAGAUGGCAAGCAGCUUUGGAAUCUCAGACUACACAAAAAGAAAGUAGCCCACGUGGCCCUGAAUCCCUGCUGUGAUUGGCUUCUGGCCACAGCCUCCGUAGAUCAAACAGUGAAAAUCUGGGACCUGCGCCAAAUUAAAAGCAAAACCAGCUUCCUCUACUCACUGCCUCACAGGCAUGCUGUCAAUGCAGCCUGUUUUAGCCCGGAUGGAGCCCGGCUCCUGACUACCGACCAGAACAAUGAGAUUCGGGUUUACUCUGCCUCCCAGUGGGACAGCCCCCUGAGCCUGAUCUCCCACCCUCACCGUCACUUUCAGCACCUCACACCCAUCAAGGCAACCUGGCAUCCACGGCACAACCUCAUUGUUGUGGGCCGAUACCCAGAUCCUAAUCUCAAAAGUUGUGUUCCCUAUGAACUAAGGACAAUAGAUGUGUUUGAUGGAAGCUCGGGGAAGAUGAUGUGCCAGCUUUAUGAUCCAGGAUAUUCUGGUAUCACUUCGCUCAAUGAGUUCAACCCAAUGGGGGACACACUGGCCUCCGCUAUGGGUUACCAUAUUCUCAUUUGGAGGCAAGAGGAAGCCAGGUCAUAGAAAGAUUAUGAAUACCUGGACCCCACAAAUGGGAAGAAGUUCUGUGAGAAGAGGCAGCUAUUUGUUAAGGGACCAGAAGUUCUCAGCUCUCAAGGUUGGAGGAGGGACACUUGUGGCAUGGAUACUGUGCAACUAAGAUACUGGCAUGUUACUGCUCUAGAUUUUGCUCCAGAAACGAAGAGAAAACCACUGCACUAAGAGUCCCUGCUAUGUUUAGCCCAGAGCC